GCUGGGUGUAUUACUGGUUCUUAAUAAUAUCUCCGAACUCAAAGCAAUUACUCUGAGAUUAAUGUUCAAACUUUGGAAAUCACAACUUCGCGUUUUCCCUCAACUACACAAACUACUGCAGGAGAAGACGCUGUCACUUAGCCCGGAGGCCUGGACCGAACUUCAGCUGGCUAAAGCAGUUACAAUACGGGAUAUCUGCAGGGAAAGGUAGGGUGAUUUAUGGGUACAUUUAAUGAUUCAGAAAUUAGAAAACUAAACUGAUUUUGAACCUUCGACAAUCUCUAAAAAUAUACUUUCUUUUUUUUGUGUCUGUUGGUAUUAUGUACUCAGGUGAAUGUGAUGUUUGUGGUGUUACUCUGAGUGUACAUCCACACCGGGCAAGCUGAAAAGUUUGCCUGACCACGGUGGGAAUCGAACCCGGGACCUAUGAGAUACUAGUCCAAUGCUCUUCCAACUGAGCUGCAAGGUCAAGUCGGUUCGAGUUGGUGAUAUUUCGGAACUGAGUCUAGUUCCUUCGAUAUCAAUAAUAUUCUAAGAUAUGAUACUUUUUUGUCUGUUUGUUGGUAGCUCGUAGCUCAGUCGGUAGAGCAUUGGUUCCCAAAGGUCGCGGGUUCAAUUCCCACCGUGGUCAGACAAACUUUUCAGCUUGCACGGUAACUUUCUCAGACUAACACCACAAACAUCAAUCUCUAAAAUUCACAAAAACUGCAUUGGCCUUUUUGGCGUCCAGAGAAGUAGACGCUACAUGCAAUGGUGGGCUUUCUCAAUCAAUUUCGUCUGCAAAUAACAAAGACAUAGGAAGAUAGAUAUUAGAAAUUCGGUGUCAUGUUGCUUUUAUGAAUUAACUUUAACUGUUUGUUUCUAUUACCUGCCCCAGGUGUAAAACAGUUUCACAUUUUAAGCUUCGUCUUUUUGGUUUUAUAUAUAUGCAGCAGGUAUUGGGAUGUUAAAAUAUAUUAAUCUUAGUUUCUUCUUUCAAAUUAUGCUAGUUUUGGUAACACAUUGUUACCUAUUUCCUCAUGUAGUUGGAAAAGAAGCACGGUGACCACCAGUUUUACUUAGAAAUUUUUUUUAAUAACGUCAGCGAUUGACAUGGAACCCGCUAUUCAACACGCGAGAUGGCGUGUGCAACUCUGUCCAAGUCAGGUCAUAUUUGAAGUUCUUUAGUUCGUAUUUCCGCGGAAACAAAUAAUCACACGGGUUUGUUCAAAUGUCAUAAAGUUUGGUUUCCAUUCUUGUUUUAAGGGAUUUUGUGUGGAUUACUAAAUCGAGCAAUUUUAUCUAUUUUUAGGCCUAUCCAGCAUGGACAAGACCUCGUUGGUUUAAUUUCUACAAUAAUUAACGAAAAUGCUCAUCAAAACUCCAAAGUUAAUGCUGUGUUGGUGUGUUUUUGUUUGGAGUCUUUGCAAGCUUUAGUUGCAGCAGAGGUGAGAGAAAAUUUCAUAUGGAAAAAUGUUUCAACAAUUUAACCCUGUCCCGACUUGGGGGUGCGGAAAUUGCCCACGCAGAUUUAUAUGUCCCAAACCAGUACAGGUAUGGUUCUAAAAUUUUAUGACUUUUCCUGAGUAUUUAUGGACUUUAUGUGUACUAGAAUUAUUACGCCAAAAAGAAGUUACAGUGUAGUCGUUAACACCUACCAACACUAAAUUUCAGCAUGUUUAAUGAUAUUAUAAUAGUUACAAUAAAAAUAAGCAAUCUAUUUAUUUGGUAUACUUUAUUAUAAAAAAGGCUCCGUCUGGUUGUGGUAAAAUUAUGGAUAUUUAUUUUUUAUCAGUGAAGAUGAAGCAAUCUGAUUGGCUGAGAGGAGUCUUUCAGAGCGGUCGGCUUUUUGUAUCCGGCCCGCUCUGAAACGCAACUGCCCAUUGUGUAAAAGAACUGCCCGCUCUGGUUUUUGCGUCAAAAACCGAGGAGUGAAACAAUAUUUAAACUAAAAAAUCUGGCCAAAAUGUUUAAUCCUAAAGACAGUGAGAAUACGAAAAUGAAUUGCAUCAAGCCCUAAAUACCUCGUACUAAGCACGAUGUACACCAGUAUUGACAAUAUUUUGAGAGAAAUGUGACUAAAACUCAGAAAGUUAUUUGACAUGUAUAUAAAACUUAAUACGCCGAGAAACCUAUAUUUUUGUUUUAAAUCGUCAUGUAUUUGGCCACUUAAAACGAAAAAAUACAGUUUAAACAAAUAUUGUAAAGGAAAUGUUUUCCCCUCAUACAUGCAAUCUUCAAGGAAGGUUUAACUGCAGUGAAAACAAUUCACGAAUAUAUUCUCUACUUAUUUGUGUUAUGCAUUUUUCACUGACAUUGAUAUAUAAUAUAGCACGAUAUCAACUCCCUUGUAACUUAACUGUUAGGGCGAUAGUGCGUGCAAGAUCUGCAAAACAACUACAUCUGUAUAGACGCCAAAUAAUGUACAUAAACUAAACCAUACUAAACUAGACUGUGACAUAUGACUCGUUUAAAGUCACGCUUCAGCUAUUUGGAAAGGUCAGGGUGGUGGAAAGUCACUUCGUCUUCGAACGUUUACACGGAAGCUAAAACUGUGCAUGGCUUCGGUUGCGAUUAGGUUGAGUCGAUCUUUUAUUGACAGAACAAUUAUGCAGAUACACACAACAUAUGCAUAUUUUGAGAUGUACUUUAUUCAGAAUGUACGCAUUCCCUUAAUAAGGUGGUUUUAUACAAAAAAAUUUCCAAAACAAAAAUCUAACUUCACAGUGUUAUUGAAGGUGCUCACCCAACCAUGAAAAUAUACUUCUUUAGUGAACUGUUUCCAUAGUAACCAAUAUAUGCCACGCCCAAAGGGAAAAAAGGUUAAUUUUCAAACAUGAUAACUAGGUGAGAAGUAAUGAUAGAAAAUUAAAAUAACUUUUAUUUUGUUAGUUACAAUAGUGUUUCGAUCCUUACUACAUAUGGAGCAACUAUUGUCAGAAUUUAUCCUACCAAACACAAAAAAAAUGCGGAAACAUGCAUCAUUGAAAGAGUGAUAACUCCUUGAAAUGCAGCAGAACUCAAUUACUCUAGUUCAUUACCUGGAGCAUGAUAUGUACUAGCAAUACGGUAUUUUACGGUUGCAGACGAAUCAAGACAAAGCGGUAACCACAGCGAUGAGCGAUUUUACGAACGUUUCGUCUCGUUAAUGACAUUAAUGAGGCUGUUUGUAUGUUUUCAUUCUUACAUGCAGGGCAACUAAGGCCCCGUUUGCAUGCAUGAGACCGGGACGAAGUCAAACCGGAAUGAAAAUUGAAAUUGUCAACAUGUUUACAUGAGACCGGUACGAGGAUCACAAAAUCUUCAAUUUAUUCCCCUUGCCAGGCAAUUUUCUUUUUCAGGUGGCUCUUGGUAGCAUGUGUUGUUCCAAUGUCAAGAUUACAGCCGAGACCGGUCUGAAAUGUAUUUGUGUUUACAUUCAUCCCAGUCUGAAUUCAUGCCGGUCUGAAGUCAGUCAGUUCGGUCCAGAAGGCGGAAUGACUUGAGACCGGUCUGAGUUAUUUUCGUCUCGGUCUCAUGUAAACAUGUAUUAUAGAUAAUACUAUGACCGAAACGAGAUGGUCCCGGUUUGACUUCGUUCCGGUCUCAUGUAAACGGGGCCUAAUAAGCCAAUUCGGAAUGUCGACUGCGCAUCCAAAUGACGCAUUCUGCGUUGGGAUAAAUUGUAGUCGAAUCGUGUAGAUGAUGUAGCUGAGCUGUAGCAUUAAAAUGUGUAUGUCAAAAUAUUAACUGUUCAAUUAUCAUUUGUGUUUCACUUAUAGCCACAAUAUGUAUAGAAAUACCAUUUAAUCGAUUUCGUAUUAACAUAUUUCGACUCCUGUAUUAAGCAAAAUAAAGAAAGGAUACACGGUGUCACUCUUUCUAUCCAAAUCCAUGUUUUGCCGACUGGGAUUGAAUUCACUCCCCCACACCCCCAUACUUUAGCACCUGGCGUAGUCGACACUCAGAAUGGACCAUUUGCAUUAUAGACUAAAUUUUAAUCUAAACAAGUCUAGACAAAAAUUUCAUCACAUCUUGAAAGAGCAUCACAAAAUUAGUAAUAUUCCAAAGUUUCGUUGCGAAAUGUUGUAAAAUGCGGAUAAUAUAGCCUUGCGAAGUUUGCCGUUUUUCAGUCAUUUUGUAUUACAAACGGGAAAUUGACAGCCCCAAAGGUAUUGGGCUAUCAAUUUCCCGUUUGUAAUACAAAAUGACUGAAAAACGGCAAGUUUCGCAAGGCUAUAAUUAUUAUCCGCAUUUUACAACAUUUCGCAACUAAACUAUUAUAUAUUACUAAUUUUGUGAUGCUCUUUCAAGCUGUGAUGAAAUUUUUGUCUAGACUCGUUUAGAUCAAAAUUUAGUCUAUAAUGCAAAUGGUCCAUUGCCUUACAUGCAAUGAAUAAAAAUAAGGAAAACUAAAUUUUAGCGUCACUUUUUUAUGUAAUUCGGUAGUCGUUCAGUAAUACUGAACAGAAUAAAUUAGAUGUCAACAGACUACACAAGCCGAGGCGGGAAGGACCUUGUUUUUUGACUGCAAUAAUUGCUUAACUUUGUAUUCUCUUUAACCAAUUUUAAAGAAUUCCACUCUCCCUUAUAGGUUUUAAAUUUGGCUUCGACCUGGCAAGUUCUAAAGGUUAAGCUUGAGUAUGAUUCUAAUCCACUUGUCGUGGGUGGCCUGUGUGAUUUGUUUUCUCUCGUGCCAUUGUUGGUCGUUGAAGCAAAAGAAUACGAGGUUAGUAUUAUUAAGUGGCUCUCUUCUUGCCAAAUUGUUGGCUACACUUAUUUUACAGCCAUAGGUAAAAAUAUUACACGAAGUUAUGAUCUUACCCGUGGGACUUUGCCCCUAAUGAAAUAUCAUCGUUGAGGAUACCCCGGGCGGAGGUAGCCCCCUCCGCAGGCAUCUCGUAGGGUUAAGCCGUUUUCCACUAGGCGGAAUUUUGCGCGCGGAGUGGAAUUUUUCUUUGUCUUGUGAUUUCUUGUGUGGAACUAAUGAGAAAAGACAAAGAAAAGUCCGUGGAGUGAAGACCUUAUUACUCCAUCUUUAGAUAAUAAAGUCCUGUUUUUCCCGAUUUUCCAACCGAUACGAUCCACAGACGACAGAAACGUAACUGGUUUGCAUUCCACCGCUUCGUCCUAACACAGGAAUAUUGUAUAUCGUGUAUUUUUCUGGCCAGUCACAAGCACACAGAAAACCCGUACUCAUGCAGGCACUAAUAAUUAACCUCCAGUGGCUAGCCCAACCCCGAUGGGGACCCGAGCUCGGAGAAGAUGGCAACAACUGGCACUGCUCAUUUCUGCAAGAAGGAAAUGGUCUGCAGGGCUUGCUAUCUGUCUUCAGCCAGAAGCUAACCGGGGCACCAAUUCUCUGCCAUUCUUGUCCUACAAGAUCCUAGGAACUUAAAACACCAAAUGUUAUAAAUAUAUCAUGUGUCACUUAAAGGAUCACAUCCUCAUAUUGCUUAGCCCGACCCGUACACCUUGUAGCAUGUCUCACUGUAACACGGUGGCAGUUGUCACGUAAUUGGUUUUCCUGAGUUAUUCUGUGAAUACUGUACUAACCUAACCCAAAUACGGUAGUCUAUAUGAGUAUGAUUUGCCAAUUUCCCAAUAAACACUGUACUGAUAUAUGUUUAAUUUAGGAUUUGAAGGAAUACGUUUUGUCGUUUUUGUGGAGAUAUUCGCAACAUGAGGUAAAGUUGUUUCGUGUAUUACAAAUCGCUAUAUAUUUAUAAAUUUAUAAAUUUAAAAAUUUAUAAAUUUAAUAUAUUUAUAAAUAAUUUAUUAUAACCCAUGCAGACUGAACUUUAGCAUUUUGUAUUUUAAUUAAGCAUUUUGCAUUUUGAAAAAUCGCUAUUUGCUCUAUCUACGACUAUUGUUGAAGGAUGUAGUAGGUGAUAGCAGUAUAUUUGUUUACGGCUAUCCAUCCUUCGUACAACCAUUCCCAGUUAACUAUAUUCUGUAUUAUGUACAUCUUUUUUGUGUAGAAUGAAAGUAUCUCAGACGCAGCAUACAAAGCUUUGGCAAAGUUCAAUAGCAAAACUUUUUUAAUCAGACAUCUUCCAAAACAGGUUUGUACGUGAAUUGUGUACAUUUAGUCACUGUGGGGGCAUUUUUUAAAGUGCGUAAAAUAUUUGUUGUUUCUUUUCACGUACAAAUACUAAUAAAAGGAUACAUACCGUUGCCACGAAUGUUGUUAUUACGGUCGUUCAUGCAGUAAAUUAUAUAACAGUAAUCGCGACAAUUCCAAGAGGCAAGAGCAUCCAUUAUCCAGUUGAAAUUUCGACAUAUACUACUCCAUCCGUUUCCCAAAAUAAUUAAUGUUUGAUGUUAUUUGCAUGUACGCUACAGACCAAAUAUAAAUUGAAUGGUUGCAAAUAUUCUUAUAAAUUCCAUGAUUCACGUUUCACACUUGUCGCUCGAUUCGAUUUACACAUUCAUAUUUGUAACAAUUUGCAACAUAAAAAUGAUAUUCUCGAUCGAUAUUUUUUCGAAUUGUGUUUGAAUCAAUGGUUUGAAUAUAAAGAAUCGUAUCCUAUGGGAGUGGGGGUAACACAGGCGCAGCUUGACAUUUUUGUAUCUGCGAAGCAGAUAUAUUGCCAUCGUGCGCGUACCGGAAGUUUGUAAGCGUGCUCAUAGCCAAUCAACGACAGCGUAUAGAUGAAAUGACGUAAUGAUACUAAUUUCAAAAUGGCGGUUUACUGAAGGGUGAAACAAAAAGCAAUUUGUGAAUUUACGAUUAAAAUUAUACAUCAAACGCAGUUUAAAACAACGUCAUUUUACUAGUCUGAAUAUGGCAAAUGUCGAUAGUGCAUUUUUGGCAAGCAUUUGAAGGAUUUCAUCAUUUAAUACACAGUGGAAACGAAAUGAAUCGCAAUUUUUGACAAGAAAAAUAGCAAAUUAUUGACUAUAAUGGCAUUGAAAAUACUAUUAUGAAACUAUGAAAGUAAUGAUUCUUCCACAUGUUGCCGUUGUAGGUGUAUAUCGAGUUGUAAGUGUUGAUGUUUAUGUACUUCUCAAUUUAACAUUUUCAUUGGUGACUUUAGUUAAUAUAAAUUAGUUGAAUGAAACCAAUAGAAGGCUAUAUAAUUUCGUAAGGUUACAUAAUUUCUUUAUCAAUGAUCAUAACUAUAGACAAUUGGUGUCUGCUUUCAUUACAGACUUUGAUAGAUCAUUUUUAUACAAAUUUAGCAGAGUCAGAAGCUAAGUCACACAUAUUGGAAACAUUUCUCUUAAAGCACUUUAUAGCAGUAUGUGCAUUGAAUAAUUGCUUUCAUUAAAGAAAAGCCAAAGUAAUAGUGGCUGCAUAAAGAGCAGAGAUUCAGUUUUAGAUUGGAAUAUAAAUACUUAUAGUAACAGUUGCAACCAGUCAUAAUUAUCAACUUGCAGCAUAUAACUAUAUAUCCUGGAGGGGGUGCUCCCUUCUUCAUCCACCCUGAUUUCUGCAACUGAAUGUCAUUGCCAAGAACACCAGGCAAGCAAUUUAUAUCCCCCAUCACCUAUCCCAUACUAUAUUGUCUUAUAAUCAACAACAACCAUAUGUCAUAAUGGGAUCUUAUUUAUAGCACAAAAUGUACAAAACUAACAUAAUAUUCUGUUUAGUGGAUUUUCUUCCACGACAAAAUAUUAUUGCAUGGAUCUGGUAUGCUGAAUUAUAUCAUUCUAUUCAAGAACUAUAUGCAUCGAUUAUACUUCUAAUUUCCAUACUUGUCAUCAUUUGUUGCUGAUGAAUGACUUUCAAUAUAUGACCUAUUUGAUAUAUUUACUAGGCAUAAACAGUUGAUUUGUGUGCCAUGAACCCUGACUAUGACAUUUUCUAAAAUGAAAUAGAUCAAUUAUAAACAGCAGAAAUGUUGAUGUUAUGUAUCAAUUAUGGUAUAAAAAGGCUUUCAAAACUCUGCAAAUGUAUAUUGGCACCACCUGUUAUCCUGACAACUUCUAUGCAUCUACAACGUUCUUGCAUGCCUGCUAAAGUUUAUUAUGAACUAUCAAGAAGAUUUGGAACCCGAAAUGUUUUAACAAGAACACAGGGAUGGAUUUACUGGGGGGGAUGCGGGGGGUGUGCACCCUCCCCCCCCAAGCCUUGGCCAGAGGGGGUGCAGGAGGGGUGUCCUAUUUUUCAUGAUAAGCAAAAAUUAUUAGAGACAAAAUGAGAUACAGAAAUUUGAGUAAUAAUAUGAUGAUAGGCAAACUGUGAACAACUCAAAUACUGUAGCCAAGCAAGACUUUGCAAUAGUGAAGCAAGUUGAUGGGCGGGCGGCACACAUGACCGACACAACUCGGCACCAGAGCGGACCGAGCAGCCCCCCCCCCGUAUCAGAUCAUGCUGGAUCCAUCCCUGCAAGAAAAUUAUAAAACUAAGAUGAUUCAACAAGAACAUCAUAAAAUUGAAUAUCAUCUUUGUGAAGUUAUGGCCGGAAUUAGUUUCUGCAAGUUGAAUAUAUAUCAGCCAUUUUAUUUUUCUUUCAUCUGACGACUGACAUACUAUAAAUCUAACUUUAUUUAACUGGUCAACUGUUAAACAUCAGUCCCUUAAAAUUUUUUACAAGCUACUGAGUGUUGAUUGAAGCCCUUGGCAACAGUGCAAUCACCAUGAGCAGAUACAUGCACGCUUAGCGUACCUAUUUUGUAUAGUAGGGUUUGAUACGACCAAAUAAAUCCCGUGACACAUAGCUGGUCCAGAUUCUUCGGGUUUUGGCAGUUAUCGCCGCUUUUUGCCUGCAAAAGUCGCUAAAUCUCAGUAUUACCGCAAUUGGCUAAAGUCUUAGAAAACAUCCAACUUAAAUUAAACAAAGGGGACCUUAAGAUCAAAGAUAAUCAACAUGCAUUUACAGACGGUAGAUCAACUGUAUCUGCACUGGCGAGCAUCACCCAAAAUUGGUUCAACAAGACUGAAAACUCACGUGAUAGAAGAAUGGGUGUCCACGCCCUAUUUAUCGACUUUUGCAAAGCAUUUGAUCUGGUGGACCACGGAUUGCUUUUAAGGAAGCUCGCCAAAAUGAACGUGUCGAAAAGCUUCUUGCUAUGGACACGGAGCUUUCUAGAAGGGAGGAUUCAGCAAGUAAAAUUACGAGGUGCUCUGUCACCUAUAAGGCCUUGCCUUACCGGAGUCCCCCAGGGAUCUGUUUUAUCACCAACAUUGUUUAAUGUUCAUGUGGAUGACCUCGAGGACUGCAUUCCCAAUCAUCUGGACAUCAAUACGCACAAAUACGCAGAUGACUGCACUCAAGAUGAAGUGAUUACAUAUGGUUCUACUAGCAACAUGCAAGAGGUGCUUGAUGCAAUGAACGACUGGGCACUCAGAAACAAGAUGAAAGUUAACGCGAAAAAGACGAAAGACAUGUAGAUCUGCUUUAAAGCUGCAAUUCCGAAACCACCAUCACUUAAGAUUGGCGAUGAUACGAUUGAAAGAGUAAACUCGUUCAAGCUGCUAGGUCUUUGGAUUAAUAAUAUCCUGAAAUGGAACACCCACAUUGUUUGUUUGUUUGUUUGUUUGUUUGUUUGUUUGUUUGUUUGUUUGUUUGUUUGUUUGUUUGUUUGUUUGUUUGUUUGUUUGUUUGUUUGUUUGUUUGUUUGUUUGUUUGUUUGUUUUGUUUGUUUGUUUGUUUGUUUGUUUGUUUGUUUGUUUGUUUGUUUGUUUGUUUGUUUGUUUGUUUGUUUUGUUUGUUUGUUUGUUUGUUUGUUUGUUUGUUUGUUUGUUUGUUUGUUUGUUUGUUUGUUUGUUUGUUUGUUUGUUUGUUUGUUUGUUUGUUUGUUUGUUUGUUUGUUUGUUUGUUUGUUUGUUUGUUUGUUUGUUUGUUAGCUAUAGUUAGUUUGUUAGCUAUAGUUAGUUUGUUAGCUAUAGUUAGUUUGUUAGCUAUAGUUAGUUUGUUAGCUAUAGUUAGUUUGUUAGCUAUAGUUAGUUUGUUAGCUAUAGUUAGUUUGUUAGCUAUAGUUAGUUUGUUAGAUAGUUAGUUAGCUAGUUAGCUAAUUAGCUAGUUCGGUUUAUUUGGUGGAAUAAUUGUUCUCCAUUAUAGUUAGUCACUGCUUGUCAAUUACUCAUGCAGUUAUACGAUUUUAACACGAGAUUCUUAUCGCACCAGCCUCGUCAGACCAUUAUCCACCGUCUUCAGUCCACGCCAAAGAUUAAGAAAAUGCUAGAAGAAUGCUUAGAAAACGAUGAAGAAAUCGAUCUGGAAACCUUUCCUAUUCCUGCAUAUUUCUAUGUUGAACUGUUGCAGCACAUAAUUCCUGGUCAUGACCAUCAAGGUAUGAUUGUAUAAACUUUUAUAAUGCUUUUUAAUUCGAUUUAAAAUGUUGUAAUGUUAGCAUUCAAAUACCAGAAAUGAAAAGAGAAGGCCAACGUUAGCAAGUACACCAUACAACAAACAUAAAUUGUAAAAACAAUCAUACUCAUACAAACCAAAAGACUCAGGUAUGCUAAACAAUACAUUCCCUGUAUAGCCCGCUGUCUGCCCCUCGAAGUAGCCUACUAUGAAAUCCUUUUAUAUCUCCUUGUUGCGCACUUCCACCACCAAGUAGAUUUGAAUUUGACCUAAUAGUUUGUUGAGAUCGGACAAAAAUGCACUUACCUGUUGUAGUCAAACAAACCAGCGUGUUCCGGCGCAAGUAGUUCAAAUUACUAAUAUCCCUCAACAUUCACUGUUACUCCUUUUGCAGGCGCAGCCACAAUUCUAGCCCUCCGGUUGUGUGAAGUACUUCAUAUAAAUCAAAGAUUAUUUCUUUUCACCGUAUAUUUGUUCAUGGACUGAUAGUAAACUAUUAUCACUAUGCUAUGUUGCAUGUGCGAAUAUCACUAUGUUGGUCCGUUCUCCGUGAUUUCGAUGAGUAAUUUGACAACAGCUUAUUAAAAACUGCUAAAAUUUUUUCAUUAGAUUUUUUCACGCCGAACGUUUUGUCUGUGAUAAUAUAUAUGUUGCCAAAAUUUGUUAUUGCGCCACGCUAACAUAACAAUUAUUUAGUACGUUUAAGUACAAAACGUGCUUAGGCAGCAAUUUCCUUACGAUAGAAACUACUACGUUUUUAAAUUACUUCGCCAAUGAAGUCGUCAGAUGGGUCGUUUCUUAAGCCAUUUUUCAAACACUCAAUAAUUCGUAAGCGUAUUGACAAAUCAUGUCAACCAUAAUAUGUCACGUGCAGUGGCUUUAAACCUGAUAAAACACUCCUAAUUUAUAGUAUUUUUUAUACAAAUAAUACUAAUAAGGCAGUAUCUUUUGUGGUCGUGUCCUUAUUAGUAUUCUUUAUAUAGGUAAAACACUCCUAAUAAAACAUUCUUAAUAAAACACUCCUGCUCGUGUUUUAAACAGUACUUAAGGUAAUUCCGCAGUUUUGCAUUGCGCACUUUUACUGCGAACAUCUUAUAACUUAUAAUUUCAUCCAUUAUACGUACCGUUUAAAAAAAAAUUAUUUUAUGAAAAUUUUAUGUUACUUAAAAACAUCUUUGGUUACAUUCGUGCAAAGAAUUACGUUAAAAUCAAUGUUUUCAAAAAGGCAUACAAAAGUGUAGCUAGGGUUCCCUGUGUCUGUAGUAUAUAUAUUUACUUGUAUUUCACGUUUUAAUGCCACAAUUCCCUAAAAAGAUCGGUGACCCCCGUUUUUUAACUGAUAAUUUAUGUCUUUAAUGCAUUUUACAUUUCAUUUCCGAAAUUAAAAGAAAAAUCAUUUCUGGAUCUUGAAAAAAACUCCUUUAUCAAUGCAUGUUCUCAAAGAAAGAUAUGUAAAGAAAUGUGGAAAAGAGAUUUGUGGAUCAGAAUUGUACACGUUACUACUUUCAUUUUGCUCAAAACACAAUAUUUUUUCAAAAAUAAUUACAAGAUAGGUUUACUAAAGCAAAAAUCCGCGCUAAAAAUGUCAAUAAAUAUCGAGCUGUUGCGAUUUUGCUGUUACUCGUAAUGAGCGUCAAGAUGGCGCCAAAUUGGGGGUAAAGGUGGUAUAUUGUGAUUGGCAUAUCUUCUAAACGAGUUCGGUGACCCCGACUUUUUUGUAUGAUUUACUUUAAGUAUAUCAUAAACUCCAUGCCUGGGAAGUUUCAGCACAUUCUCAUUUCGGGAACAAUUACUGCGGAAUUACCUUAAGCCACUCCCAGUCCGUGUUUUAUCAGAUAUAAUACACUCGAGCUGCGUUCUUGUUUUAAGUAGUACUUAGCCUUUUAAUAAUGGCAUGUGAUUUGCAUGGGUCGAGGCUUAACAGGCAUGCAUACUCGCUCAAAACGAAAUUCUUAUGCAUUUUCUAUUAAGCUUUCUUUUUUCAGAAACAACGCUCGUUCCACAUAUUAUUCCAUCGUUUAUCAUGUUUAAAAAUUAUGCUUUCUUUUGUAUAUUUAGGUUUUGAAGAAUUUUUGAAGAGCAUUGUAUCACAAGAAGUUUCGAAUCUUCCGCGAGGCUUGGCACCCAGCAAGAUAAAAACAGUUGAAACGUCCGAAAACAAGUUUAUGGCCUCUAUUCCUGAGCUUCUGAGAAGGCAAUAUGAUAAAUGUAAACAGCCGUCCCUAAAGUGUCCGAUUGCAGGUAGGAAUGAAGGUGCUCGGGCCUUUUCACUUUAUAGCUGAAAAUUUCGAGAGUAACUUUUACACAUUUAUUAGUCCUAGCCAGGAGAAGUUGCGAAAGAAUGCCAAUGUAGGGUGUGUUAUGAGGAUUUAUUUAGACAGUGAAUCGUUACAACUUUGCAGUUAUCUAUACUAUUGUGUUAGUUUGAAUCGUUCUGUUUCCAAGUUCAUUUCAGCCUUGAACUGGCAUUCUCCGUUCGUGAUCUGUUCGUUUCUUCGUUCGUUCUAGUUUGUCUGAGCUUCAGUAGCUUUUCAUCACUUGAGCUUUACUAAGUCUACGUUCACUCACUUCACUGACGAACUUGAGUUGUGCACGCCCUUUUAUACUAACGGUUGAGGGGAUCUUUGUACACGUGAUCUAACAAGUGGUGUGAUCUGUAUCCAGCCAAUUAACGUUGAGCUAUGGAAGAGUGGGUAGGCGUUGCUAGCUCGUUCCAGCCCUCACAUUCUGUUUAUUUAAGGCGUUGUCGCACUGGUCGAGUCGGUUCGCUGUUCAAUCGAUCAAUGUUAAAAUAUUCAUGUUCACAACUUAAAAUACUUAUCAAUAUAUCAUAGUAAAAUCUUCAAACUAUACCUAUGUGAACCUUACUUUACCUACUGAACUAAAUUUACUCACAAUUUUAUUGAACUAAGAUUUUGAUGACGUAAUAUUUUAAUUGCAUGACCGAGUGUUAUCCAGCUUGGGAUGACUCAUCUUUACGCCUAGAGCCUGUCCACGUGAAAGGUCAAUGUUCAUGAGACCUCAGGCAGCUGCUUUCUUUAAACAAAUCUGCCCACAAGAUAAACCAUAGGAAACAGGUCAUGCAUGACAUCUUCAUAUACACAACUGCAGCUAGUCUAACAAACUGUCAUAGCCUGAUGAAAGAAAUAAUGAAUGUUUUCCGAAGAACCGAAAUAUUUACUUUACUUUGAUUUGUGGCAAAAUAUCCAUUAUCUCUUCUCAUUAUGCUUAAGAUAAUAUUUGCUUGCACGAACAUUUCACCUGCUCUCAAGCAAACAUCUUAUUAAGCAAACAUACCUAAAAUUUUAUGUAUAAGUGAUAAUGUUUCGUAACAGGUGUAUGGGUAAAUAUCAAGAUUUUGCGCAUCUCACUCGAUAGAACUUGAACGGAUUUGUAGAUGGAAAUUUCGUGUGUAAUUUUCAUACAUUUCUAUGCAAACACAGGGCCGCAGGUUAAUUCGAUUCCUGCCAGAUGGCCUAUAGUUGUAUUUUUUACCACUGCUCCUUCAAGUUAGGUCUAAUAAAUAUUAUACUCUACAAGUAUUAAUUCUAUCGAAUGGGAUGCCCCAAAUCCUGAUAUUUUUCACUUUUCGUUCUUAAAAUAUUUUUGUAGUGUCUGUGCUGUAUUCAUAUGAACUGCACGUAGAGAACAGAUCUGGCAAACCAAUCAGAAGUCAGGCUGUGAACAAUGUCAAAUUAUAUCGGCAGAUGAUAAAUCAGUUGGUCCAAGAUGUUUGUAUCGUUUUAUUUAGAAUUCUUGCUAUAUUUAUCUUUCUUCAUUCUUAUGAUAAGCCAAUUAGCCAUUCGGAAGUUGAUGGGUGGACUGGGGACGAGUGUUAAAAAGUGCCCAAAUUAAGAAAUGAACCAAAUCACUAGAAAGACCACCUCAAAAUUAGUAAGUAUAAGAGGUUUGAAGACGUUUACAUGAAUACCCUUCGAAUAAUGACCUUUCGAAAAUUGUGAAAUUACUGAUUAAAAGAUUGUUUUUGGGACGCACGUCCCAAAAAACAAAAAUUACAGUGCAUUUCAUUUCGUCACGAUUUUUGAAAGCUUAUUAUUCGAAGGGUAUUCAUGUAAACGUCUUCAAACUUUGUAUACUUACUAAUUUUGAGGUGGUCUUUUUAGUGAUUUGGUUUAUUUCUUAAUUUGGGCACUUUUUGUAAAGCACCAAGCUUUACAACAUUUCGCAAAUUUUUCAAUUUUACCAAUUUCAUUAUGUUCGUUUUAGCUUCCCUUCUCUUUACUUUGAUUAAAAUUUAGUCUAACUUGCAAGUUGUCCAUUGUUUUUGAGCCACUUUUUUCAUAUUCAAAGCAUGUAUGUGUCAACAGUUUAAUACUUUCCUAUGCAUAUUCAAAGUCGAGACUCUGGAUUGGCGGCUUAUUAUUAUACUAUACAGGCAAGUUCAAGUACAUUUUAUUUUCUCAUUAUUUUAGGUUCCUAUUAAAUCUUCAGAAUGGCAGACAAAUACUGAAAUAUCUCAAGCAUGGGCAGCGUUUAUGAGCCGAGUUUUUAAUUCGUAUGUCCAGGUAUACUGUUUUAAACAAAUUUAACCAUUUACCAUCCUUGAAUCACUCUGAACUCAACUGAAUUCAAUUGAACGGAACGGAACUGAAUUAAACUGAAUACACCCUUCCGGAAAGUACGUCACUUUGGCUAUAGAGCCUCGUUUUCAUGUAUCAGACAUCAGUUAAAGGCCACGUCUCAAUCAUGAAAACGAGGCUCUAUAGCCAAGGUGACGUACUUUCCGGAAGCGUGUAUUAAAUUGCACUGAACUGAACUCAGGGCUUUCAUAAUAUUUUUAAGUAAUCUGCUGUGGUGAGAAUGUAGGUCGCUCUCCUCAAUCCAUGAAUAUUUUUACCAAUGAAACAAUUUUUGUAUUAGAAGUGCUUUUCUGCAUCUACAUUUUUUGCUUGAUCAAUUUGCUGAACAACCUAAGCUUAGUUACCGUAUACGUAAAGUUGUUGUAAAAGGAUAUGUGAUGUCAAUAGGAUUAGAAAGAGCAACGAAAGUUCCUCUAAACAUUUCUUCUACAUCGUAUUGGUUGCUGUUUAUAGUUCUUGUUUUUUCGAUGAUAGUUACUUCAGAAGUUUUUGCUGUGUAUAGGCUAUAUAAGAGGUCUAAUCAGGCCAAAUUCCUUAUUUGUGCCGCGAGUACCCGUUAAACAUUUUCAGGACAAACUGGAAGCACUCGUUUGGUGGAAUACGCGCACUAAGCACUGCGCUAACGCUUACUGAAACGAAAUAUUUUUAACUGAAAUCGUUAUAGGGACGAAAAAUGGAGUUAGAAUUACAAAAAGAACGCGAACACAUUGUCGAGGAAGAAUUUAAGACAGGAGUCCAGAGUGCGUGGUUAUGGUAAGCAUAUCCUUUACAAUACAGAGAAGACUUUCUUGUCGAAACUUAAACUGACUUUGCAUAUUGUUCGUCCGCUGCAACCAGAUUUAAUAUCAGAUUUAAUUCUUUCUCUAGUAAUUCAACUCUCAGCUGCAAUUAAGGAUGAUUAUAGCACGCUCCUUUUCACUUAUAUUAUAUAUAUACUCUGGUUUAGCUCAUUAAAGUGCAUUGUCUAACGCCAGAUUAUUUUACUCUGUCUAACGCCAGGCGGUUUUAUUCAUCAAGAGGAGAACGCUGGCGUUCAAUCGAUAUAUUAUUUUACUCUAACGCCAGAUGAUUUUACUCGUCAAGGGGAGAGUGCUGGCGCUGAAAGGGUUAAUGAAUUAUAGUAAUCCGUAAAUUAAUUAAAUUCACGACCCAGACUACACUAAUUUACUUUAACCAAAUAGAAGAAUUUCCGACAGCCACUCGUCGAGAGCGUGCGUACACUAACGUCAUUCAGACUAGUUAGUUCAAUCUGCUGUUAAUUGUUUUCCAAAGAGGAGAAAACCGAAGGUCUUGGAGAAAAAGUAUUAGCUGGGGAUUGGAAGAUGGUACGAAAACUGUUUACGACCUUCAAGUAUUAUAGACGUCAAUUUCCGCCAUCUUGGCUUCAUGCAGAUUUUGUAGUUGAGUUUUUGCACGUUGUAGCAGUAAAACUAUCCUCAAUAACGUACUAGUGAUACUGUAAAUUGAUAACCACCACAAUUUUUAUCUAAUAUGCAAACAGAAUAUUGAGAUCAUGAAUUUUACUAUUCUGUGAGGCAUUUUCCUACAUCCGGAAUAAUGGAUUAGUGUAAAUUUCAAUCCCUGAAUUAACUGCAGAAAAAAUAUCUUGUGGAACGAAACCCGGUGUCCAAACAUGCAAAAUUCUUAGAUGUAAUUCUUACUGUCUCCAAUUUAGACAGCCUUAACGUUAGGUCAUAGUUGAUUACAUAGUCAACGCAGUCAAAUAUCACAUCUGUUCAUUCCAAUUAAUAGGGCUAGAGAUGCAUUGACAGAUCUACUCAAGGCUGCCUCAAAGUAAGGAAAGUUUUUGACUGUCCAGAGGACUCUUAAACAUUUUUUUAUAUGUCAGAUUAAUGAAUAGGAAACCACCGAUAUGGACAUGAAUGAUUUCAUCCAUUUUGAACAAUGAGCUUGACGAGUUUGGCGCGAUUGCCAUCUUUGAACAUAUUUUACCAGCUUGUGACGUCAUUGAUUUGUUUCAUGUGCAUAUCAAACAAACUAAAUUAUCUCAAGAAUGAAAAAUGAUGAAGAAAAGUUGUACAAUAACUUAUUUUUCAGUUUAAGGCGUUCUUGCAAUCAAAAUAGAAUUGGAUGUUACCCCAAAUUACGAUAUUUAUGAUAGAUACUGUACCCAUAUCUGCCUAGUGUUGUAUGCUGCAAGAAUCAAAACACGAUCACAGAGAUGAAAGCCUCAUGCACUAACGUGCAUGUGCAUUUCCUUUAAUACGUGGUUUUAACGCGUAAAUAUCUCACAGCUUGUCAACAAGAUGGGUUCGCACUGCUUGGAACAAGUUGUUUCAAUCUUGGAACAAGGUUGAUGAGGCCAACAGAGUCGCAACAAGUUGUUCCAACAAGUCCGAUAUCGUCUGCACGUAACAUGUUGUUAACAAAUUGAUAACAAACUCGUAACAACUUGUUACGAACUGCCUGUACUAGUCUUGAUGGAAACAACUUGCAACAAGUUUGUUACCGUCAUCAACCUUGUGGCAAGCUGAUAACAACUUGUUCAAGACUUGUCACAAGAAAUGGGAACACAAGCAGUACGAAUACAUGCUGAUAUCGGUUUGGCAACAACCUUGUUACAACUUGUUUGCAGAUCUAUAACACGCGAGACGUACAAUAACCAGGAUUGUUAACACAAUAGCACAAUAACAAUGUUACCACAGGUUGCGUGAGAAAAAUGUUUGUUCUUUGACAGAGGUAGCCAUGUUAUGCAAGGCAAUUCCUUGUUGGCCUUAACUGGUCUGGUGGUUGCGGUCUUCACGUAUCACAGCUCAACUGUAGAAACGCAGGCGACACAAAACACAAGUAAAAGUUAUAUAAGUACACAGGAGUGGAUUGCGCGUGUCACUGAUACAAUGUUAGUCACACUUGAUGGAAGUCUGCAGACAUUUGGAGUUCCAAUGAGUUGGUGCCAGCAGGUGAGAUGUUAGACAAAAUAUUUAAAACAAAAAACACAAUAUUUUGUAAUUCAGAAAAAAUAAAGUUUAUCUGCUAUUAUAACAUUAGUGCGAUGUAACACUCAAUUUGUAUAGGUUUAAUAGUAUGGUUUCGAGUGCAAUUUCGAAGAAAAAAAAACAUGUACGAGUGAGGUUUUCAAAGACUAUCAAAUUUGAAGUGUAUGUUUUUUCAAAUUGCACGAGAAACGAUACUAUUACUUAUUAAUAAUAUACAUGAAAACAUUAUGCAGUCACUCCUGAAAACUCCUAAAUGUUUGUUUUUUGUAUUGUAUUGGUGAAUCUUAUUGUCUAUCUUUGUUAUUGUUUCAUAUUUUAAGCCAAUCAGAAAGCCACUGUAUUUUUUUGCACUGUAUUUCAUUUUUGGCACUGUAUUUCGAACAUUUUGCACUGCUCUUGGCCAAUCAGAAUUGAAAAUUUUUUUCAUGUAUACUAUUAGACUGGCAAAUGCGCGUGCAUUAUAAUCUGAAAAUUAGGACUGGAUAGUGCUUCCGCUAAGCAUAAAUGAAGCCAAUGUCGGUGUGACCACCACGAAUCUACUGUGGUGUUGCUGACAUGUUAGAAGAAGUUCUAACAGUUUCUCGUUAUUGUUGGGAAAGGACACGUAUAUUGUCUGGAUACAAAUUGGUGAUCAGUGGCCUCUCUUUCAUCUUAAAAUUGCCGGUGAAUAAUUAAGAGGAGUUUUUUGUAUGUUACGUAACACGCGCUCAAAACUAAAUAAAUGCGUAUAAUAUAUCGCUUGAGGUUAUGACUAAAUUCAAAAUUUUUAUUUUUCGAUACGUUUCUCAAUCGGCAAACAAACUUAAAAAGUAUGUUUAGUGCUUUAUCUGUAAAAUAAUGCUAAAAUGAAGAGAUAAUUAUGUCUGAAGUUCAGUAAGUUUUGCUUAUAUGGCUGUAAAUAUGGCGUCAAUUUUAAAGCAUCAUUGAUAUUUGUAUUUUAAUUGACAAUUUUUUCCUAUUAUUUUAUGUUUCUCCACCGGCAGAUAGAUGCAUUUAUUUAAAAAGGUAGCUAACUCUAUAAGCUAGAGAAUAAAGCUAAAACAAAGUAAUUUUGAGAGGAACACCAAAAAGAUUUUAGGUUUUGAACACUUUUCAUUGCAAAUACGUGACAUUGAAAAAAAUUGCCUCUCAAUGAGGUCACACCAAAAAUAUUAGUGAGCACGUCACUAAAUUUCGGCGAAUAAGCAUAGCGCUUGUGCAAAGAAGCAAAAAACUUUAAAAACCUUAUGUUUUGUCAUAUGUAUUGAAUGAUUACCACAGGCAGACACAAACACAGUUUUCAAUCCAGUCCCUCUCGGCAAUCUGACGUUCGUGUUCACUUUUAAAAACGUCGCUUGCUUAAGCUCGCUCUAUUACGUGACGGCAACUGCAAAUAAACUCUUGAACCAAAUGAUUGCAGAAGAAAACUUGUUGUCAAUUAUCCAUCGUAUGAAAAAUGUAAUACAGUUUAAGGAUUGCACUGGGAAAAAAAGUGAAAUCCAUACUACGAAAUUUGCAAUAGCACCACUAAAUCCAUAGGAUAUCCAUCCUAUUUCCAUACUAUAUCCAUACUAUGGAAAUAUACAAUUAUUAUGGAUAACCAAAAUCCAUUCUAUUUCCAAUAAAGGUCCAUACAAUUUCCAUUCUAUGACCUUCUAUGGAUUUUCAAUUUUUUUUCCAGUGUUGAGGUUAACAUAGGGUUUGAUUGAGAAACGUUCGUGGACCCAAUUGAAAGUAGCACCUUAAGUGUCCCGAUUUAUAUGAUGCAAGCUUUAUGCAAAAUAGCCCAGAAAAUUUUCAUAAAAAAAUGCAUCUUUCAAAUGAAAUAGUCUAUGAUUAUAUUACAUCUUGACUGCUCACAUUUCAGAACAUGUAUACCUCUAUGCAUGAUCUAAUAAUUUUAAUUAAGUUAACUAACUAUAUGUUGUGUUAGAGAGCACAGAAUUCAUAUUUUUGCACAACAUACGAUAACUUGAAUGCAUUUUAAAUGCCUAGGCGUAAAUUCAUUAAUCAUAAUUGCAUGGAGUAUUGUUGCAUUCAAGAGCAUGUAGUGUCCAUGGUUUACGCACAGAGAUUACCUAUUCUCAAUUUAUUUUGUUCAUUGAAGGUCUCAACAACGUCUUCAUCCAGUUCAAUGUUAGCCCGAGCGUGUGCGGCCAUUGGAUUGGCUCAAAUCACCCCGGCCUUACUUGAUGUUGGAUUUGAACGUUUACAACAGGUGCUCAAUGUUUUGCAAAUGAGAAUUCCUGGACAAACAAAGUAUGUCAUAUUUAUCUUUCUUAAUUAAUCUAACUUGUUAAUUUUCCUUAUUUUUUAAAAGCGUUUGUAGCCACCUUAAGUUGCAACAUGGCUCUUAGCUUGGGAGAGAGCAUUAAUUUAUUUGAAGCAAACUAGCGACGCCAAGGCAUAUAUGUAUAGGUAAUCAUGCGAUGGCGAAUACAAUUAGGGAUUUAUUGUACAAGUGACGUUUGGAAAUUUUGCCAAAAUUGGACGAGCCACCGGGGUGAGUCCAAUUUGGCAAAAUUUCCAAACAUCACGAGGCUAAUUUCAUUUGUGUUUAAAAACAGUACCUUUCCGCCAUUUUGUUUGUUUUGGGAAAAUCAUUAAUAGACCUUUCCCCUUAUAACCAAAAUUUUGAUCUGGGCAAGUCUAGACAAAUAUUUCAUCACAGCUUGAAAGAGCAUCACAAAAUUAGUAAUAUUCCAAAGUUUCGUUGCGAAAUGUUGUAAAAUGAGGAAAAUAGAGCCUUGCGAAGUUUGCAAUUUUCAGUCAUUUUAGAUUACAAACGGGAAAUUGCAGCCCCAACACCCGAAUCGGAUGUCAAUUUCCCGUUUGUAAUACAAAAUGACUAAAAAACGGCAAACUUCGCAAGGCUAUAUUAUCCGCAUUUUACAAGAUUUUGCAACAAAACUUUGGAAUAUUACUAAUUUUGUGAUGCUCUUUCAAGCUGUGAUGAAAUUUUUGUCUAGAUCGAAAUUUUAGUUAAGGGGAAAGGUUCAUUGUACUGCAGUACAAUUAAUGAAAUAAUUGUACUCCUCUCAACCAAUCAGCAUCCAGUAAUUUUGUGAUGCUAAUGAUAAAAUGCUUUAUUUUAUAUCAAACAGAGCAGGCAGUUCGGCGGUGAUACAAGGACAUUGUUCUGUGGGAUUAGGAAUAAUCUUACAAAAAUUAUAUCGGGAAAAUAUCAGGUAAGAACUAAAACAUUUAUAUUUUUGCGUUUUUAUUGUAUAGACGUGAAACAGUUUUUUAUUUCUCUAAUUUUUUUAUCCUUGUCGUUUUUCCAGUGAUUGUUUUGGAGAAGAGGUAAUUAUAUUUAUGUAAUAUUAUUACAUAAACAAUAUAUAGUGGUUAAAUUAAGAACGCUUAAAUGUGUGUUGGGUUCCCAUAUCCAAAACCGAGGCUAUAUAUCUUCUGUGAUUUAUAUAUAACGACAAUUGACUGAACUGGUAGACUUUACUGUUUAUUGCACUUUUGUCCCAAUGGCGUCGUAACUCCAUGUUUUCCUAUUUUAGCAUGGCUCUUUGAUCUUGACCCUAAGCAAAAGCAUAUCCCUAAGGGACCGGUCAUAAAAUAUUUACUAGGGGGUGUGGAGGAUAUUUUUUUGGGGUACGAAAAAACCCCAGAACCUCUGAGGGGGGUACGAAAAAAACAACAGAACUUAUAGGGGGGUACCAAAAUCUUAGUACUAUAGGUACGGAAAAAAUUACAUUUUAUAAUUAUUGUUGAAUAUUGAAUGUAUUUGUGCCCAGAUUUAAGUUUGGAAAGAAUUGUUUUACUAUAAUUAUUAUUAAAUCAACACAAAGUAUAUAUGUUUCAGUCUGACUCAAUGUCAGAUGAUAAGUAGGAUUCAGUAUCCGUGGAACUUUCAGAGUACAAAUCUCAUGCAUCUGAAUUGUCAAUGACAAUGCUAGCAAGCUCACACCAUUAGAACCUGUUAAUGAUUGAAGGGGGAGGGUAUGAAAAUUUUCACUUACAUUGAAGGAGGUUACGAAAAUUUUUUCAAAGUCGAUAAUUGGGGGACAGAUAUUCAUAUAUCCAUGUUCACAGACUGUAAAAACAAUCGCUUUCAAAGGAAAUAAAUGAUGCAGAACAUGAAUAUAUGAAUAUCUGCCCCCCUCCCCAAUUAUCGACUUUCCGGCGCCCCUGGAAAUAUGUACUUGAAAUUUCAUUUAUCCUCCACCUCCCUCUAGUAAUUACUUUAUGACCAGUCCCUAAACCUACUGUGACACGAAAGAUGAGGAAACAACCGCAUGAAAACGAGACCAUUGGGGCAAUUAAGAGUGCAAUAACAAUACAAAUUCAAUUUAGCUUUAUUUCGACUGUGUAACUCUAUCAGUUUUAAUUAAACUGUUCUAUAUAGACGUCCAGUAAGGUCUAUUUAUUGCAAGAGGUAAAAUUGGAGUACCUUGCAUGUUAGAAUCAAUUAACUGGAAAAUCUCUUCUCACUUAUUACUGCCGUAAUCAGACGUUCGCAUGUCGCAGGAAAACUUGCAGCCCUAGUAGAGAAUUAAAAUCAUACCCUUAAUAUUGUUCCACGAACACCCUAAAACGUACUGCUGUCUGUAUUAUAUAUAAAACAGUAUGUAUUACAUAAAUAGCUGUGUCUAUUAUAUAAAGCGGCUAUCACUAUAAUUAGCUCAUGUUAUAUGAUUCGUAUAGAAUAACUGUUAAACACACGAUCUGUCUAUUUUAGGGAGAUCUUCUACUUGCAAAAAGUCUUGAUAUUCUGGAAAAGACAGCCAUAUCCAAUCAGUUGAAUAACACGUAUGUUUAUAUGCACCUGCAGUAUUGUCCUUUUUGCUUCACGUAGACGUGUAUCAGUGUAUGCACUCUUUUUUCGUUUCAAAUAAGCGCGUUAUAUAGGAAAAUAGAGGCUAAAAAUAGCAAAAUUAUUUUGAUGUAUAAGUUAUAAGAGGAAAUGCUCAUAAAGCUUAGCAUUACAAUAAUGAUGUCAUUCAUUUCUGCUCCAUUGAUCAGAAACUUUGAUUGUCUUUUCAUUGUUUUUAAUGGAGUUUAUACAAAGGGCUUAUAGUGCUAAGGUUGAGAUCUUGGUUUGCAACAUAUAUUAUUGUUAAUUCUUAUACAGGAUGAAUAAAUUAUUCAGUUGUUUCACAAACGUAGAAAUAUACAGUCACCGGAAGACACAAAAAGCAUCACGUUUGUCAAUAAUGAGUUUAAAACUUGCUCUAAGAAAAAUAAGAAAAAUAAAAUCUAACCUGAAUUUGAUUUUAAAAAUUAUAAUGUAAUAAGCUAACACAAAUGAUAAUGCCCGUUGGCACCGAAUUCACAAUUGAUAAUGCCCGUUGGCAAUAUUCACAAUUGAUAAUAACACAAAUGAUAAUGCCCGUUGGCACCGAAAUCACAGGGGCGUAGGAAGCAUAAAAAAGUUGGGGGGCACCGGUUUCAAGGGGCACUUUUGGAAUGAAAAGGGCACCUAAAAAAAUUUUCGGAAAUGUUGGCGGGGGGGGUAGGGAAGCAAAAAUAAAUGCAAUCAUAAACCAAAGGCCGUUGAGGCCGACUCACGGAUGAGAUCAAAUGAAAGUGACAGAAAGAAUUAAAGCAGUUUGCAGUUGUUUUUGUAAACGAGCAUCGUGCAAAUUUUGCCAUUUGUCGUGCUCCAGCCCUAUUUCUGGUUCUGAAAGGACCUAUUCGCAGCCAAAGAGUGCGGCUGGCAACAGGCUGGUCAUUUCUCAUUGUUUAACUGCCUCACACUCAAGUAACCACAAAGACUCGCAGAUAUUGCUUUGCAACAUCCGUGAGUCAAAAAUGCAAUCUGAACAGCAUUUUGCCACCGGAAAAAGGGCACUUUUUGUGUCUUCUGAAAACUUGGGGGGGGGGCUUGGCCCCAUCGCCCCCCGGUUCCUACGUCCCUGUUAGCUGCACGGUUGGGACUAGUAACGACUUAAUUGGCCCAGAAGAUUGACAUUUCCCCUCUUUUUUUGUUGUUUAGGGAAGGAGCGAUAUUUGGCGUUGCUUUAGCAAUGUCUUCACUAUGUAAAGAAGCCGAAGCUCCGGCGAUUAGAAUUCGAAUUCAAUCAGUACAUUCUGAGAUGGUUGAAUAUUUUGAGAAGGUAGUACAUGUUGAAGACAUCCAGAAGAUACAG